UAAUCAGAAAAAUCAGUUCAAUUGUUUAAAUAUCUAUUGUAAAAACUAUUACCAUGAUUUAAUGCUAUUCGAAGUUAAAAGACUAUUGCUCCAACGAAAACCAAAAUACAAAUUUGAAUCUAUAAAAGGACAAGAUAUAUUCCGAAUUCUGCAAUGAGCAAGCAACAAGAAGAUGGAAAAGAAUUCACCGAACAUGACAACUUCGUAGAUUAUACGGAGCCGCCUUCACUAGAGAGUAUAGCAAUCGUGUGCACAGCAGUAAGAUUGUGGUCAGAUCCUGAAAAUGUGCAUUUUGAUACUUUAAAUAAUCUUCAUAGUUUUAGUGAAUUAAAGGAAAGAGUGUUAAACAAACUAAAAAGUCUCAUCUUGCCAGAUUUACUAAAAAUCAAAAUAUCCAAUGUUAUUGAGCCUAUAGGGCUACAAUUAUGCGAAACUAAUUAUUAUUUACCCGAAAUGUACAGUGAUUUCCGUGAUAUUCAUAAAAUUGGAGGAUCUGUUUAUUACACAAUGGAAGGAGUUAUCGAUACCGUUAAAUCUCUCAAAGAGGUGAUUAAUAAUGAAGACCAAGUUAAAGACAUCAGUUCUUUGUAUGAGUUAGCUUGUAAGUACUGCUUAGAAGAAAAUAUUUCAUAUUUAUGGCAGAAUAUGAGUUCUGAGAAAAAGAAAAAGUUUUAUAAUGCCUAUUACGGCGCAUAUAGGGAUCAUAUAGUAGAUUAUUGGACUGCUUAUCUUGAAAACGAAUUGCAAAGAUUUUUAAAUAAGAUUACGAGUUUUGGCUACGAUGUAUAUGAUUCUAAUCAGAGUAUUUAUCAAAAUAUGACUUCGAUGUCCGUGUUUGUUGGUAACAUAUUUGCUCUCAAAUACUUCUGGAAGUUAUUAACGGAGCAAGAAAAGAAUAUCAAUAUGGAGUACUGGAUAAAUUUGGUAUUAAAGGAACUCAGACAUAAUAUUUCAAAUGUUAACAGCAAUGUAUAUCAACAAUACAACCCAUUUGCAGAUAUUUUGUUCUUUUUGUUAUCUAAAACGAAUGAUCAACAGAAAAAGUAUUGUAUUUUUCACACUCAUUCUGAGAUAAUAUUAAAAACUUUAUUUUUCUGUUGGCCUUGGCAACGAUUUUUCCUGCCCACAAUCAGGAUGAUGUUUGAUUAUCUUAAUAAAGAUGUUUAUGUUGGAAUAAUGUCUGACAUUACCGUGGUAAUUAGAAAUGGUAGAACCACGGGCGAUCUGGUCAGGGAAAUCUGGCAUCUAAGUCCAAUAAGAUUAAAAAACUCACUCAGCCUAGAUAUGGAAGUCUUAUUAUGGAAUUUACUUGAAGUAAAUGACACUAAAACAAUCGAUGUGAUAAUAAGCAAUAUUCCACCUGAAGAAAGAAGAGACAUUGCCCUGAAUAUAAUAAAUUAUAAUGACUUCAGUCACGUAAUUUUAUCCGGUAAGGUUACUUUUCUGGACACUUUAAUUACAAAGCUUUUACCAAUGCAUGAUGAUAUCACACGUAUGAUCAAGAUGCGUAUAUUGGAAUAUAAGCGUGAAAUUUCUUUUUUAAUCAUCAGCAAUGAUAUUCCAAUUGUCGAUGCAUGGUUAAAUUGGAUUUUUCCGUCCGAAAAUGAAAUCAAACAUUAUAAGAAAGAAAUACUUAAUCCAAUGAAAAUUUACAUUUCUUUGAUUCGAUUAAAUGAUUACGAAUGCGUAAACACAUUUUUAAAAUGGCGUUUUGAGACGGAGGAAGAUAUCACUUCAUUCAAAAAAACUUUCGUUCAAAAAGGUAACUUUCUUCGAUGUUUCAAUCUGUUGAUCGAAAUGAGCAAUGACUACGAGACUGGAUGGGAUAGAUUUGAAAGAUUUAUAAAUCAUAGCUUAACUUGUUCUGAAGAAAUUUCCCAGUUCAAGAAAUUGUAUUUGAAAAGUGUACCUACUUUCUUAAAACGGGGUAAUUUGACAUUUGCAACACAUUACUUAAACUGGUGCUGUAACUCACUGGACGAGGUCAAUCGGUACAAAAAUAAUUUAUUGUUCUCUAAAAAGGGAAUCGGAAUGCUUUUAUAUCGCUGGCAUCAUACAUUGCAUUUCGGCUUGGAUAGCUUUCGUAGCAGAUUAAAAUGGUUCUAUCCUCUCUCAACUGAAACUAUUGAUAAACUCAAGUCGUUAGAAGUUUGCAAAUUCAUUGGAUUCUGUGACAGCUAUGCUCCAGAAAGGCAACAAGCCUUCAUUUAUUUACUGGACUGUUUAGAGUGGAAAUCGAAUUCAAGAGGUGAAGGCGAAAUUCUCGAUAGUACUGAUGCAAAGAUUAUAAAUCGUAUAUUGAUGGGAAAGGAUAUUAAUGGGGAGGACACCAGUGAUUCUUCUUACAACUACGAUAGCGAUGGAAAUAAUUUUAUUUCAUGUGAAGAUGAUGAUAUUUAUGAUUUGUUGUAUUAUUAGUUGAGAUGCAAAAUGCAUUCUAGAUUAUAUGAAUGCUUUCAUUAAUAGUGUCUUUUAUGUAUCACUGCAUGUUAUGAGAGAUCUUGCUACCAAGCACGAUUGCUUAUACGACCAUCUUUUCCGUCUUAAAAUAGUGGAUAAUCCUGCCUGCCCCCUCUGCCGCAGUGGUGCGACGAUGAAUGCUGGACAUCUUCUCAACUGUUCAGUUCUCACAAAGAACUGCAUCUACUCCCGAUACUGGGAGGCCAUAGAACUUUUGUUCAAUUUAAGUUCUUGAAUUAAUUUUUGUGUUUGAUGUUUUGUUUUUGUAUUUUGUAUAUUUCAUCGCCUUCUGUAUUUGUAUUUUUGUUUUAUUUUGAUCUUUGUUCGGCGUUAGGAUAAUGUCCGUAUCGCCUGCUGCAUUGGAAAUAAAAAAAUGUUAUGAGAGAUACAUUUUUUGUACAGUAAACGGAUAGUCCAAUGGGAUCUCUAGAAAAUGUUACAUAAAAAAUGAAUAUCACUUUAGCUUCAAAUAUUUGUAAAAUAAUUUAAAACAAUUAAAAUCUUUAGAAGAGCCUUACUUUCUUGUUUCACACAUUCCACUAAAAGUUUUGGUAGCUGUAUGAUAUCGAUUUUUCUGUAUAAUAUUUUGAUUUUUUUUCAGUACCGCCUUUUCAUGCAGUGAUUCGGUAAAUUUCGAUACCUCUCUUUAAACUUUGGAAAAAAUUGUGAUAAUAAAACAAUGUAUAAACGACAAAAUCAGUAAAAGUUGAAAGGCGCACUUGCAAUAUAUUAAUUUUUAAUUAAUAUGAAACAUUUUUUCGAUUACAAUAGCCUUGGCAAUAAUAAUUAUCUCAUAUUUUUAAAAAGUAUGCUUAACAAUGUAAAUUAUGGGCAUUUUUUGCUUUUGGUCAUUAUGAUAGGAAGAUUUUGGUCAACGCCGUCAUUAGAAAAAAAAACAUUAAAAAAAUAAAAAAAAGUAAUUUAUCCAAAAUGUUUCAAGCUUUUUUGGAGUGACAUAAAGCAAUUUCUCGAUCUCAAUUUUGUUUUCGCACAUAGUUAAAUACCAUAUUUUUAAACGAAAAAAAAAAUCAAAAAUUAAUAAUUUCAAUGCUAUUUAUCAUAAGUGAAGCUUCAGAUGUUAAAUUUUAUUUAUGUAUCUUCAAACUUACAAUUUGUGUCCGUCAAUUUUUCGAAUAGCCCUUUUAAUGGUAAUUAUGUCGAAUGACGUUGAUCAAUUAUUGAUAUCUUACCUAAAUUUAAAUUUUUGUUUGUUUGUUUUUUAACCAUUAUUCUUUGGUUUCUAAAACAGAAAUGAACGUUCUAUUCCGUUUUAGAGGGGGUGGUUGUGAAACCAUUACUGACUCCAUCGAUACUUAUUUAACUGUUAUAAAAGUUACUAUUUUUAAAGUAGUUGAAUUAGGACCUAAUAUUCUAAUUUAAGUACAGGGUAAUUGGUUUUAUAAGGCAAAUCAAGGGUUUAGCACACUGAAUAUGUUUCAUAUUUUCAGAGCUUUAUUUUAAAAAGAGUAUCAGCAUUCAUACAAAGUUCAACUGAAAUUCAUCAGUAUCCAAUGAGAGAUCAAAGCAAAAUCGGAUUGGAUAGUAAUCCGAAAAAAAGAAGAAAAAAAGCUGCGAAAGCAGUUUCGUGAGUUGGAGAGUGCAGCGAGCAGAGUGUGGAUUUCCUUAAUUACUUUAUAAAAUUGCUAUUAAUUAUACCUUGGCCCUAUCAUUCAAAAUUCUGAAUUUAAUUCCAAAAUAUGAUAUAUAUUAUCACAACGAUCCUAGUACAAACUGCAAUUUUAAAUAGAAUAUUACAUACAUGAUUCACAAACGAUGGAACUUGGUAAGAUAGAGAGUUAACUAAAAAGAUCUUUCCAGAUCAUAAUUAAGCUGUGUGCUUUUAGAACAGAUUAAUGAUGUUAAAAUAUUUUCCCGAUUGGUCCUUUGGCUUGAAUUCUCUGGUUGUAGAGAUAACUCAUUCUGUAAAAAUGUUAAGCUUGUCUAAUAAACUUUUAACAACUAA